AGUUUAGACUUUAGUACAUUAUGUUUCAAUGUCGAGGGUGAUGUGGGUAAGCAUAGUCUUGUGAGCAUAGAAGAAGCAAUAUGAACUGCAACAUGGCGGACUUGAGUGUUAAAUGCGCGAAAAUUUUACUGAUAACACUUAAUUUAUUAUGCAUUUUUUUGGCACUUAUGACAUUUGUGUUUGCCGUGGUCGAUACGAGGAUCCUAACGCAGUACGGUGCAGAGCAAGCCAGCGGUUCGUUUAUAGGAGAUGUAGUUGUCAGCGUGGCCAGUGUGCUGGUGAUGACAGUUGCUGUACUCGGAAUCAUUGGCGUCGUAAAGAGCAGCAUCAAAAUUAUCUACUUGUACGUUGGAUUCCUCAUGCUCUUGACGGUCUUGGAAGUUUUAAUAGGAAUUUACGUGUCGAUUCAACGUUAUGGUCUUCAAUUCCGGGUCGGUGAAUGGAUACGCGAGGAAUUCUAUAGAAACGUCACUGGCGCAAGCAAGGAGGCCCAUCGGAAACUCUGGGAAAGAAUCCAGAUCAACUAUCAAUGUUGCGGACUGAAUGGGCCCCAGGAUUACACAGCAAUGGACCAACCCAUCAGCCUGUCGUGUUGCUACCAAGCUUACCAAGCUACUACUCUCGAAGCGGAGCAGAAGAUGUACAAAACUUGCAUUGAAACUUCAAGCUAUUUCCGCGAGGGCUGCGAAGAUGAAAUCCUCGGAAUCUUAGCGGCUGAUGCUGAUUAUCUUCUUGGAGUGGCCGUAAUCAGUUUUUGGUUUGAGGCGGUGGGCAUGCUUCUGGCUAUGUGGGUCGCGAAUCAACUGAAGAAUAGCGUUCGCGUUUAUAAGCACACAGUUAAAUAUUAAAAAUAAAUUUUGAGUUAAUAAAAAAUUUAA